CACAGAUUGGUUGCGCCCGUGCAUCCUGCAUGCCAGGACACGGGAUUCUGUCUCGUGGCUGUGAGACAUUGCGUGUCUGAAGAUUCCAUGUGUAAGCCUCGACGAUGCACAUACCUUAGCUAAGUAUUUGUGCCAAGACGUCACCAUCUUGAGCCGGCGCCUCCGGGUGCCAUGAAAACCGUUGCCGAGGUUUUGAAGCCAUAUUCUGCUUCAUUCACCCCGACACUCCUUCCCGCAAGAGCUGAUUACUGGUCACGUGGGUACAAGCUUGUGCCGUUGGCACUGACAUCGAAGCUCAGUCUCACCAGAGUUACUGCACCUCCCGUGAUCCACCCUCUCCGUGUGUCCGCUCGCCUGCGACAUCGACGCGAGCAAGGUGGAUCCGUCCAAAGCAAUUCCCGCCAGCCGUCGUGCGGUGCCUGGCAGACAGGUUGCGACACCCGGAUUUCGGUGACAUAA